CGGCGGCGGCUCAGGUGGGGCUGAGCGCGGCGGAGCUCCUCCUCCGCUUCCCGGUGGAGCGCUCGCUGCUCCAGCUCCGCACCGGGCGCACCUCCGAGGGAGGGCAGGCAAGCAGCCGGCCGACCCGCGUCCGCCAGAAAUCACAAUGGGGAAGCACAACAGCAAGUUGGCUCCGGAGAUGUUGGAUGACCUGGUGAGAAGCACUGAAUUUAAUGAGCAGGAGCUGAAACAAUGGUACAAGGGCUUUCUGAAAGACUGCCCCACAGGCAUCCUCAACUUGGAGGAAUUCCAGCAACUUUACAUCAAGUUUUUCCCCUACGGUGACGCAUCCAAGUUCGCCCAGCAUGCUUUCCGCACGUUUGACAAGAACGGAGACGGGACCAUUGACUUCCGGGAGUUCAUCUGCGCCCUGUCUGUCACUUCCAGGGGCAGCUUUGAGCAGAAGUUGAAUUGGGCCUUUGAGAUGUAUGACUUGGACGGCGACGGGAAGAUCACCCGCUUGGAAAUGCUGGAGAUCAUUGAGGCGAUCUACAAGAUGGUGGGUACUGUCAUUAUGAUGCGGAUGGAUCAAGAUGGGCUGACUCCCCAGCAGCGAGUCGACAAGAUCUUCACCAAGAUGGACAAGGAUAAAGAUGACCAGAUCAGCCUGGAAGAAUUCAAGGAGGCAGCCAAGAGCGACCCCUCCAUUGUCCUCCUGCUGCAGUGUGACAUGCAGAAAUAGGAGGGUUGCGGGGGGCGCACCGGUCAGCUUGUCCCUUGACCUGCUGUGUGCUGCCUUUCUUCCCUCUUGAGGGCUGCACCCCCUCUGGAGGGAGGGAGGCCUGCUGCCUUGGCCCACAGGAGUCUGCCAGGGCCUUUCCCAGCACUUGCGCCCCCUGCCCUUCUCGGCUCGGCUGAUGACCCUCUGGCCAGGUGCCUUAGCCUUUCAGCCAGAAGAUGUCCACCUCUGUCCAUGGGGUCCGCUCCGGCUGGAGUCUCUGGCCUCUGCUCUCCUCCUUGGACAGGAGCCACUCCCAACCCUCUGGCAGCAAAUCUGGGCUGCGCCAUGCUGGGCUGCUUGAAGCCGAGACCCAGGUGGCUACCGCUGUUAGGUCCAUUUUCCUAAAUCACUGGCUCUUAGGGCUAGGAAAAAUCUAUGUGUCGUCCCCCCCCCCCCCGUGCCCCCCACAACAGCAGAUCUUUACAGGGACUCCGCCUGAUGGCAGGUCCGAGGCUGUGAUUCCCACUCCGUGUCCUGAGGGGCCCCCCUCGCCACCCCUACCCGAGCG